GAGUUUUCCUUCCACCUUGUCUUUGAACUGCUCACCACUUCGGGGUCUCUCGGUAUUUGUUCCUCUCGUCCUCACCAUGUCCAUCAGGUCGACCACUCACAGGACCAUUAAGGUCUCUACCUCCGGCCCCCGGAGUUUUAGCAGCCGCUCCUACUCCAGCGGCCCCAGCUCCCGCAUCAGCACAUCCUCCUUCUCUCGAGUGGGGGGCAGCAGUAGCUACCGAUCGGGGUUCGGGAUCGGGACAGGCAUGGGCUUCGCUGGCAGCAGCAGUGGGGUCGGCGGGAUCACCGCGGUCUCAGUCAAUCAGAACCUCCUGAGCCCCCUGAAGCUGGAGCUGGACCCCAACAUCCAGGCCGUGAGGACCCAGGAGAAGGAGCAGAUCAAGACCCUCAACAACAAGUUUGCCUCCUUCAUCGAUAAGGUACGCUUCCUAGAACAGCAGAAUAAGAUGCUGGAGACCAAAUGGAGCCUCCUGCAGCAGCAGAAGACUUCUAGGAGCAACAUGGACAGCAUGUUUGAGAGUUAUAUUGCUAACCUUCGAAGGCAGCUGGACUCCCUGGGGCAGGAGAAACUGAAGCUUGAAGUGGAAUUGAGCAACAUGCAGGGCCUUGUGGAAGACUUCAAAAACAAGUAUGAGGAAGAGAUCAAUAAGCGGACAGAAAUGGAAAAUGACUUUGUUCUCAUUAAGAAGGAUGUAGAUGAAGCCUAUAUGAACAAGGUAGAACUGGAGUCCCGUCUGGAAGGCCUGACUGAUGAGAUUAACUUCCUCAGGAAGCUAUAUGAAGAAGAAAUUCGAGAAUUGCAGUCCCAGAUUUCAGACACCUCUGUGAUCCUGUCUAUGGACAAUAGCCGCUCCCUGGAUCUGGAUGGCAUUAUUGCUGAAGUCCGAGCCCAAUAUGAGGAUAUUGCCAACCGCAGCCGGGCUGAGGCUGAGAGCAUGUAUCAGAUUAAGUAUGAGGAACUGCAGACUCUGGCUGGGAAACAUGGAGAUGACCUUCGCCACACCAAGAUGGAGAUCGCUGAGAUGACCAGGAAUAUCAACAGACUUCAGGCUGAGAUUGAGGGACUCAAAGGCCAGAGGGCCGCCCUUGAAGCCUCCAUCACUGAUGCGGAGCAGCGUGGGGAACUGGCUAUCAAAGAUGCCCAGGCCAAGCUGGCUGAGCUGGAAAGUGCCCUGCAGAGAGCCAAGCAAGACAUGGCCCGCCAGCUGCGUGAAUACCAGGAACUGAUGAAUGUCAAGCUGGCCCUGGACAUUGAGAUUGCCACCUACAGGAAGCUGCUGGAGGGAGAGGAGAGCAGACUUGAGUCUGGGAUGCAGAACCUGAGUAUUCACACCAAGACCACCAGGGGAGACUACUCAUCUGGGUUCAGCUCUGGCUAUGGAAGUCUCACCGGCCCUAGCCUCAACUAUGGGCUAAGUUCCUACCAGUCCUCUCCUAGCACUUACAGCCGAGUCAGUAAGGCUGUGGUGGUGAAGAAGAUUGAGACUCGAGAUGGAAAACUGGUUUCUGAGUCAUCAGAUAUUCUGCCCAAAUGAGAAGUCGUCUUAAACCUUCAAAGCCCACCUCUUCCAAAUGUACUCCUAUCCAAAGGAAGAUAGGGUGGGGGAGAGAUUGAAGAGACCUGCAUGAUAAAUCCCAGGCUUACUUUUUAUUCUACCCUGACUAGGUUCCUUGCUUUUGCCUUGAAAAAAUGUUUUCAGAAAUAAAAAACAUUUUAUUUCAAUUUAA